UCUUUCGUGGUUCAUUGGGUGCCGCUGCGUGAGAAGGCGCGUGUGUGCUUGAGCACCCGGUGUUGUUCCGCUGAAAAAAGUAAUUCCUACGCCAACGGGUUUCAAAUUUGAGUUUUCUUACAGCCCUUAUUCUACCUUAAUCUCACGUUCUCGGGAAGAAAAAACAGCAGAAGGGGUCGAAUUUGAUUUGUUUUCGAUCGCAUCGGUCUACGGGCAUAGGUCUGCGAACAACGUUUGGGGUUUCAAAGUUCCCUAGGCCUAGCGGGCAUUGACAGAGAGCCGAUUCGCGACCACCGCCGUAGCCUUUCUAGCGAAGUAUGUUUUGUUUUUAACCGUGGGAACGAGCCCAUAUUUUUGGUCAACUAACUUGGUUUAAGCAUGAAGAAACGUUUGAAUCGCGCGAACCUCGCCGUGGUUGCUCUGUCGCGCUCAACACGGCGAUCGUGCGUGCACGCGAUUGUUCUAGCUGCUUAUGAUUGCUGAUCGCCCCAAGUAUUUGCUUGCCCCAACUGUGGUCGUUCUGACAGUCUCAUGCCCUGGAAGUGCUAUUUAGCAAUGCGUGGAAAACCCAAAGGCGUCUUCAUCUAGCAUCUCUACAACCAAGGUCAUAGGGGGAGCACCGGCCAUGGUGGUGGAGGGACCACGUAGCGGGGGCUCCCGUUAUGCCCCUUCGACUGGCAUGACAGCCCGCGAACUUUGCGAAAGCGACGACCAGGCCACAAGCCUCAUCCUAGACCCGUAUCUGGGCUUUGCCACGCACAAAAUGAACCUCAGGUUUCGACCCUACAAGUCACAGAAACACGAGCUGCAGCAGCUGAUACUGGACUUCAAGACUCACAACCAGUACGAAAAGGUGUACUCCAAGUUGACGGAGUUUGUUCCGGCCUCCUGCUUGACCAAGGCCAGACAGGGUCCGUUCAAGGAUCACAUCUUCCGCUACCUGCGCAUGUUUGACAAGGAAGCUGGCUUCGAAGUGCUGCGGUGUGACCGCUACUCCAUGGAGGGCAACGUUGGGGCCAAGUUAUGUGCUACCAAAAAAUGGUACAAGAACGAGAAGAUAUCUCACCUGGUGGGCUGCAUUGCCGAGCUUUCCGAAGAAGAAGAGUGUCAGCUGCUGUGCUCGGGGAAGAACGACUUCAGCGUCAUGUACUCGUGCCGGAAGAACUGCGCUCAGCUUUGGCUCGGACCGGCAGCCUUCAUUAACCACGACUGUCGCCCCAAUUGCAAGUUUGUGUCCACGGGCCGCGACACGGCGUGCGUGAAGGUGCUCAGGGACAUUGAGGACGGAGAGGAGAUCACCUGCUUCUACGGCGAGGACUUCUUUGGGGACGGGAACAGCUACUGCGAGUGCGAGACGUGCGAGAGGAGGGGCACAGGCGCGUUCAGCACCAAGAAGAGCCGGCAGCCUGCCACGGACAGCCACCGACUGGCGUACAGCUUCAGGGAGACCGACAAUCGGCUGAACCGCUGGAAGCAACAGGGCAAGACGUCUCAUGGCAGCCGGGCUCAGCAUGCCUCCCAGCAGACGCAUCGCGCUUCAGGCACUCGAUCUGCCAGAAGAGCCCUCGGCCGUCACAGCAGCAGCCAGGGCGGUCACCUCCCUACCAGAGCCAGUUCAGGUCACAAGAACCCCUCAGGAAAUCCAGAUGUGCUCCAAGACCUCCAACAGAAGCCGGCGAGCGUCGGCAAAAACGCUUUGUCCAAGCCGGUGCUGUCGGCAAAGAAUGUGGUGGAGGUGCUAUGCAAACAGUCCAUAGCCGGCAAAGAACUGACUCACAACGGCGCCCUCCACUCGAGCGACAAAAGUGAGGAACCCCACAGAUUGAACGGCUCCAUCGCACUCUCGGUGACGUCCAGAACCAGGAACCAGCAGCGCUGCGAGAACAGAAGUGCCCCGACGGGGAAUAGGAAUGGCGCCGAGAGAGUGUCAGAAGAGAAGGCGCCCAGUGAGACCACACCGCCGUGCCUAAGCUCCGCUGCACCCGAGUCUCCGCCGUCGUUGCCGCCUGCAGAGACGGCUCCUUACGCCGAAGCCGACACCAGCUGCCAGGUCCACGGAGAGCCCGCACCCCUGCGAAAUCAGAGGCGAAGCACAGCCUCCGAGACACCCAAGCCAGAGGCCACUUUGAACAAGGUGCCCGUUGAGCCGACUUGCAAGCCGGCUAAAGUCGGCAAAGCAGACAGCACGAGCGCCGUCUCUUCUUCGAGCAGAAGGGAGAGGAAGCAGUCGCGGCGCACGAAGGAUCCGGUUGCGGUGGUCCAAGGGCAAAAAGAGGAGGUCGACGGUACAAUAGAGUCUGAAAUUGUGGACGUUGAUGCGUCGCUCAACGAGAUUCUAGCCUUCCCCGAAGAUGGUUUCGAGGUCAACGAAUCGGAGCCCAUAGACGUGCAGAAGGUCGAAGACCCCUUCCCGACGGUUCACCUGCUCGACGUGACGGUGGAAGAGGCUCCCAUGGAGACCGUGGCGCCGGAGAAGCCGGAAAAAGUGACCUCCACGGUCGCAGGGAAGCGGGAGCCGACAGAAAAUGUAGAGGACGACUUCAAAAAUCUCAGCCGCGCACGGAAUGCGCCGGGGACGGACGCCGGAGGAGGCAGGAACCAACUGGUGUCCGGGUUCGGACCGUUCCGGAAGCACGAGCUCAAGAUGACGUUCCGCCGAGUGAAGAGGAACCAGCGGAGCGGCGACGCCUCUCCCUCGUCCACGAGUCAUCCGGUGGCGUACGAGGUGCUGACUCCCCCCCUGCUCCUGGCGGAGCCGUCGCGGAAGAAAAAGAAGAAGAAGAAGGACAAGAAGAAAGCCGGAGAGCACCGCAAGCACAGUCGCAGGCGGAACGACGCACCAAGUGGCGGCUCGGGUAGGGCCACGCGCAUCCGACUCAUCGUGAGGGACGCCUCUUUCACCAUCAGCCUCCCGCCCGAAAAGAGGAGGAGGCGGUGUUGACAGAAGGACAGCUAGAGGGUGGAGCGUCCACUUUCGGCAAACGGUUUCGACGCCGUGCACCUCGCGGAACAGUGUUUAUGGCACGGCCCGUGGGUCCCACGGGACGCAUUUCUCGAAGCCGCGGAUGAUCGCGCGCGUCACACAAUUCGCAGUGCUAGUUUCUCUGCCAUUUCGACUCGUCCCUUGGACUCAGUUGUUUUUUUGCGGCGAGCGAGGAAGAUGUGUACUAUAUGCCUGUUGUAAAUAGCGGUUGCACUGCCACUUACGUUAAAGUGAAUGAGGACUGUCGUCGUGGCAGCUCUCCAUCGAGCGAAGAUCUUUUGGGAAAAUGCUUCCGGAAGUCUCUCGGCAGGACACUGUUGUAUUUCCCGGAUGCCGAUACGUGAGGAAGUCGAUUAGACGCGGCGUCCGCGAAGGCGCACCUACUGCCGCACUGCUCAGAAAUCACAUGCGGCAGAGCAGUGUUAGUAUUCCCAGGCUAAGGUUAAAAAUCUCUGCAAUAGAAGAAAACAACUGGAAUACAAACAAAUUUUGUCAACAAAGUUUUUUUUUGCUCCACGAAAAGUUGUGUUAUUGCAUUUGCAGUUUGCCUCUAUUGACAAUGUUGUAUUUAUUGUAUACAUGUCUAAGUUAUAUAUAUAUAUCUUUUUUUUUUUUACACAGUUCCGCUAAACCUGGUGAAGUACAGCCGUUUUGUUUUUCUGGAUAUUUUUUUUAGAUGUUUUAUAAAAAGGCAUUUGGAAACACUUUCACGAUAAGAACUUGAGGCAGUUUUUCUCUCGACUGUGGAAGUCCUUUGAAGCCUGUUUAGGAACGUCAACGCAACGGUUGUUGACCAAUCUACACCAAAUAAAUGUAUCGCUGUUGCUUGACAGGGAAGAACAAUGCA